AUGGUGAGGCGCCUCGUCCCGUUCAACUUGUAUGCAAAAAAGGGUCGUUUUGUCAUGGCCUCAGAAGCCCUCGCCACUCAAUACGUUUCGGAAAACACCACGAUCCCAGUGCCACGUGUGCUGGAUGUCAUCGCACUUCCCUCUGGCAAAGGCAAAUUUCUUCUUAUGACUGGUGUAAAAGGAAAGGAGUACGGGCCCACCGGGGUCACACUGUAUAAGAUGGCAGAAAAUCAACGGGCGGUAUUCACAGAAACCUUGCGCGGGUGGUUCGACCAACUACGCUGUCUACGACCACCGGAUGAUCAUACUAUCUCUGGGUUUAUGGUAACCGGGGUGUCGUCCUAUAUUAUCCGACACCCCGAGACUGUCGAUCCGUUCGCCUCCCAGGACGAGUUUCACGCGCAGCGCUUUUGCCAACCCUGGGAACCUUAUGAUGACGCGUUGCGUGCGGCACUGGAGAAGCGAGCGAAGAUGCGGUACAAAAUAUGCUUCACGCAUGGGGAUAUCACGCCUCACAACAUCCUUGUUGAUGAUAACCUUCGUCCAUGUGCGUUGGUUGAUUGGGAGUGUGCGGGAUGGAUGCCGGAAUACUGGGAAUAUACGCGGGCAUUGUACAUACGCGAACGAUACCUAGGAUGGAAGAAAGUGUUCACAGAUAUCUUUCCAAAUUAUGAGGCGGAGCUUACUAUCUAUGGGAGCAUUAUAACCCAUGACAUGCCUUGGUAUUAUUCUCUCAACGUUGUUAGCUGA